AUGACCAUUCUCUAUAGCCUCCAAGCGAUUAUGAUGACUGAGGAAUAUAUGUAUCUUGAUUGUAUUCCGCUUUAUGGUUUGAAUGGAAUAGAGAGGAACCACUUUCAAGAACCAAAGAUUACGCGCUGCCUUUUGGUUGGCGACUUCUUCAAUUUUGGCGCCAAUGAGACCGCGUAUGAUCAAGAAAAAGACUUUCUGAGUGAGCUUGCUUACAAUCUCUAUGAAAAAGCCCAUGUUUCAAGUCUGGGUUUAUGGUUAUAUGGACAUACACUCUCAUUCACCAAUCUGAAUGACUCCAUCAAGAAUAUGAGACAAUCACCAAUUGACUUUUUGGAAGAUGUCUUCAAUGUACAAUAUCAGGCAGUGGAAAAACCGCUAGACACUGCUGAUGCUAUUCUACAGCUCAACAAACUCGUCGACGUCGAGAAUCGCAUUAACUGUAUAGCAUUCAUAUCCGCUCUGUAAGU